AUGACCGGAGGUACAGUAAACGGAAUGAAAGAGGCUGCAGCUCAGGACCGAAGGAACGCCCCCAAAGACUCUCAAAGUAAUGUCUACACUGCCCUGCAUUGUUAUGUUGGUAAUGUACCCGUACCAUCGAAACUGACUGAAAUAUUAAUCAUAGGAGUUAAGACGGAAGGUAAGUUCCAUAUACCAGAAACGACGGUCGAGACGACCGUUGGAGUCUUCCUCGCCGCGCGUCGUGAGCAGCACCCACCGGGCGCCGUCCUCCCGAAGAGUUGCAAAGUGGCGACUGCUGGUGGCAAGAUGGUGGAGACCGGGAGCGUGAGGUCUUCGGGAUCAUCUCCGGUGUCGUCCACGCUGCCUCCGCUGGGUCCGCCCGCUGGCUUGCCGCUGCCCGCGGCCGUGUCCGUUGCCGACCCCCGACCCACCUCCUCCUCCUCCCCGCUGGGGCCCUGCCUGGCCCCGCUGCCCCACUACCCCUACCCCUCCUACCUCCACCACCUGACGCAGUACAUGGGCGCCGCCAGCGACCCACUGAAGCAGUACUUGGCGUCCAGCGACCACCUGAAGCAUUACCUCACCUCCGAGCACCUCAAGUACCUGAUGCCCGAACACAUGCGGCUGUACCUGGGGCACGAGCACCUGAAGGCCUCCUACGGGGGCGCGUCCUCCGACCACCUGAAGAUGCCCCUCCAGUUCCCCGACCCUCUCAAGAGCUACGCCUCGGCCUCCGAGCAGCUGAGGUGCCUGGCCUCUGGCGAGGCCACCGAGGCCGGCAUGCUGCCCCCGGUCUCGAGGGCGCCGUCUUCCGUCUUCACCAUCGAGAGUCUCUUGGCCCCCAGGACUUCCGCAGGGGGGCCCCGCCUGCCCCCUGCGCCCUUUCCGGCGCUCCCAAGGUCUCAUUACGAUCUACUCGGUCCUGGCCAGUACCCAGGUCUCUACUCGGCCUCGCUCUUCGGAGCCUCAGGCGCCGGGGGCAAACGCAAGAGACGCCACAGGACGAUCUUCACCGAGGAGCAGCUCGAGGAGUUGGAGAGGACCUUCGCCAAGACCCACUACCCAGACGUCCUGCUCAGGGAACAGCUGGCGCUCAAGGUCGACCUCAAGGAAGAAAGAGUCGAGGUGUGGUUCAAGAACCGGCGGGCCAAAUGGCGGAAGCAGAAACGCGAGGAACAAGAGCGACUACGACGCCUGCGCGACGACACGAGCCAGCCCGACGGCGGCGACCUGACCCAGCAGCCGCCCGCCAACCAUGCCCACGCCCCCGGCGACGAUCCCCGCGACCCGGACCUGAGCAGCGACGACGAGAGCUCGACGGACGCCGCCCUCAGGUCGCUCGAGAGGAAGAUGACCCCUCCUUCUUCUUCCGGCGUUCAGGAGGCUGCUUCCCUCGACGCCGCCAAGUGCCCGCCGCCCAUCAGCCCCCCUCUGGGCGGGGGGGAGGGGGACUGCCGUUCUUCUCGCCCGCUGCUGCGGCCAAAAUGGCGUCUUCCUCCUCCUCAUCUUCGCACCCCCGUCUUCAGGAUUCCCUCGGCCACCCUGUGCUCUCCGAGGGCGCUAUCGCCGUCGCCGCCGCCGCUUCUCAGCAUCACCAGCAGCAGCACCCUUCGACGGGCAUCAUGCCCCAACCGCCGCCGCCCUUCCUGCUGACCGCCGACGAGUUGCACGCGGCCAAGAGGAGAAGGGUCUCAACGGAUUGCUCCGAAGUGGAGCUGACGUAACUGGAAGGCUGCUUCGUCUUCGUCUUCUCUUUCGGUGGAACUGGAGCCGUCGGAGGAGGUUAUCCUCUCUUCUUCUUCUUCUUCUUCUCCUCCUUCUUCUUCCUGUUCAAGCGCUUGAAAUCAUGCACUAGCCGUUUAAGAAUAGUUUUAAUUCUCUCUCUCUCUCUCUCUCUCUCUCUCUCUCUCUCUCUCUCUCUCUCUCUCUCCACAAAUGCAAAUAUAAUAAUAUACGCGAAGAACGCCACUUGCAGGCGUCAAAAGUAAACAGUGUUCGAUAAGACGUAGCAAGCAGCAGAUUGGGACUUGAAGACUUCCCACAUUGGGACAUUAAAUUCUUAGGAGAUUGGGACACAAAUACAUACCAGAUUGGGACAUAAUCCUUAGAUUGGGACACACUAAUGGCCAUACAGCAGUGUCCACAGCGAUCUUCGUAAACCACACCACACAGAGACACCUACGCAAACGUGAUCAAGGAAAUAACGUACCCAAGCAGGACGAGAGAGUAUGGACUUGUGGAAACAAUUGUGUAAAUAUACUCGUUGUGACUGCUUACAUGUAUUUAGCAAGUUUUCCAGUGCGCGGAGGAUAUAUAUAGAUAUAUAAAUAUACGCUCGUUAAUGUGGUUGAAAAUUAAAUGUGUUGCAGCUGAAGGAGUUCUAAUGGCUUAUAAGGGGAGAGGCAUUUGCCUAUGGCAUAAUGGCAUGCGUACUCACGCACAUACAUACAUACACAUACAGUGUACAUAUACGUAUAUAUGUACAUACACAUACACACACACACAUAUAUAUAUAUAUAUAUAUAUUAUAUAUAUAUAUAUAUAUAUAUAUCUUUAUUUUGCCCGGACUUCAAAUUUUAUAGGGAAGGCUAUACGCUCAUGAGAUCUGCCUACAAAACAGGUCUAAGUAAAACUACAACUUAUCAGUAACUAAGUAAACAAUUUGCUAAAAUAAUAUUGAAAUAAUGAAACAGAGCAAAAACUGAAGCGAAUCAUAGAGGAGGGAUGUAAAUUCUCCGCAAAAAUUGUUCUUAGUAGGAUCUGAGAUCGGCGUCCUACAAUACUAUCUAUGAACGCCAAUAUUAAUGUCUGCAUAUCCCAUAAUUCGUUUUUCCUUCCUAAUUCGACGGUAUAGAUUGCAUCAAACGAUUUCUGAGCAAAUCUAUCGCGUAUUCGGCCGUCUUAACUCUUGGCAUUCUCUGCUCGACUAUCUAGCGACGAUAUGAUAUCUAUUCGACGCUGAAGAAUCCUUGUAUCCUUCAGUCGACGAUGCAGAGUCCUUGUGUACUUCCCGUUCAGUCUAAAAUUGUCGACAUUGUUCAUCAUGGGAUUACAGUGCAGACCGUCACUCAGUUAACAAACAGGUUCAUUUUAUUAAACAUUUCAAAAGUGUUUUAGACACUCGAAAUGCGGCUUAAAAACACGGGCUCUUCCCAAGAACGUAUGUGAUGCCGGUACGCAUUCAGAUAUACGUAGUUUUACGCACGAAUGACACAACAGUUUAUCCUCUUCGAAAUGGAAUAUAAAAUUGAGGCCAAAAUCAAGCGCUGGCACCUGUGAGGUCGUUCAUCUCCGAAGAGGAAAAUUGACGGUAAGAAAAAAAAAAAAAAGAGGUUUGAAAAAUGGAACAGGAAGAAAACUUCUUAGUUACACUAUGAAGCAAUAGUUAGGAAAGUCAGAUGAAGAAAGAGAAUAAUAACAGAGUUACA